UUUGCUUGCGUACGGUUUGCUGUGUGUCGUCUAUUUUUUGGCAUGACGCAUUUGAUAAUACUAUAAAAAAAAUAUAAUAUAGAAAUAACUAGUUCGUCAAGUGCAAUUAAAAUGUGGAAGUCUAUGAAGUACCAAAAACAGCUCGGCCAAAGGUAUCAGCUGUGCGCUGGGCGGCCGUUAUCUGUGGGCACGGCACUGAAGCAGCAGACCCACUUGGAAUUGUUGGACACAACGCCAACGCGCACCGAUGAGGAGUGGCUGCAGGCAAAACCCUAUGCAGCAGUGCCUGGACCGGGCACAUGUCGUGUGUUAUCCUACUUCCUGCCAGGCGGCAAGCUAUACAACACGAAUCUGAUACAAAUGAAUCGUCGCAUGCGUGAGUGGUAUGGCGAUAUAUAUCGCUUUCCGGGCAUGUUGGGCAAAAAGGAUGUCAUCUUCACCUACAACCCAAAGGACUUUGAGUCGACCUACAGAAAUGAGGGCAUUUGGCCCAUACGCAUUGGCCUGGAGAGUUUCACCUACUAUCGCAAGGUGCAUCGGCCGGAUGUGUUUGGCGGCAUUGGCGGCUUGGUUUCAGAACAAGGCAAAUCAUGGUCGGACAUACGCAACAAGGUGAAUCCGGUGUUGAUGAAGGUACAGAACGUCAGGCAGAAUCUGCCACAAAUCGAUCAGAUAUCCAAAGAGUUUAUAGACAAGCUGGAAACCCUACGUGACCCUUCAACGCACACACUCAAUGCGGACUUUCACGAGCAGAUCAAGAUGUGGGCCUUCGAGUCCAUUAGCUAUGUGGCGCUCAAUACACGCAUGGGCUUGCUGACCGAUCGGCCGGAUCCGAAUGCCGCACGCCUAGCUCAGCAUAUGUCGGACUUUUUCAACUAUAGCUUCAAGUACGAUGUGCAACCGUCUAUUUGGCCGUAUUACAAGACGCCUGGCUUCAAGAAAUUCCUAGAGACCUACGAUCACAUCACAGAGAUUACGACCAACUACAUAGAGACGGCCAUCGAGCGCUUCAAGCAAGAGGAGCAGCACACGGGCAACAAGUGCGUCCUGGAGCAGCUGUUGGCUCUCAACAAACAGGUCGCUGUGGUUAUGGCCAUGGAUAUGUUGAUGGCUGGCUUGGAUACGACCUCCUCAGCCUUUGUGACCAUUCUGUAUCAUCUUGCCCGCAAUCCCGUCAAGCAAACGCAGCUGCGUCGCGAGCUGCAGCGCAUUUUGCCCAGAUCCGAGGACGUUCUAACCGCUGAGAAUACCAAAAAUAUGCCUUAUUUGCGCGCCUGCAUUAAGGAGGGCCUCAGGAUUACCUCCAUAACGCCGGGCAAUUUUCGCAUAACCACCAAGGAUCUGGUGCUCUCCGGCUAUCGCGUGCCACGCGGCACGGGCGUGCUCAUGGGCGUCCUGGAGCUCUCCAAUAGCGAUGAGUACUUUGCCCAGAGCGCACAGUUUAUUCCGGAGCGCUGGCUGAAACCAGACACCGAUGGGGACACACAAUCGUGUCCGGAGGCGCGCAGCCGCAAUCCCUUCGUAUACCUACCCUUUGGCUUUGGACCGCGCACGUGCAUAGGCAAGCGCAUUGCUGAGCUGGAGAUAGAGACGCUGCUGGUGCGUCUGUUGCGCCGCUACCAGGUCAGCUGGCUGGGCCAGACGCCGCUGCAAUAUGAGAGCACCAUUAUACUCUCACCACACGGGGAUAUACGCUUCAAGUUUGAGCCAAUUCCUGAUUAGAGAUUUGAAAAACGUGAUUGGGCACAAUCCAGUUGGGAUUAAUUGGCAUGCAAUAUUCUAGGAAUUACCUGCGGCCGCCGUAUUGUUGUACAGAUGCGUGUUCAUCAUGGCGGCGCUCAAAUGACCCGGCGAGGAUUUCCAUUGCUCCUGCUUCGCGGCGAUUGCAGCUGUUGGAUUAGAGUUAGAGCGGGAAGAGAAAAAGAAAAGAUUGGGUAUGUCAGGGCAGGGUUUUGGCCAAAAGCUCACAAAUUAACUAAAAACAAAACUCUUAAGGAAAUUUGGUAUUAAUUUUCUCUUUCGGUUGGACAAAGCAAAUAAAGGACUGGUUUCUGGGCACAAUUAUUAUUCUGUAUUUCAGUUUAUCGUUUAUCGUUUCAUCCACCAAAAACUUCAAAAUCUUAUCGCUUAAAUCGUUAAU